AGUUUGUAUACAAGUCUAGCGUUCGAGGAGCAUGCGAUUCAACUUUCGCAUGGUUCACGUGCGAAAUUUCCAAAAAUAAAGAAAACGAACACUGGACAAAAAGAAGCAAAAGGAAGCCCCCUUUCCGUGUUCAAAAUUCGAAAUCCUCCGAGAGAUCCACCUUAAAAAAAAAAAGGAAACCACCACCCACCGCCGUCGUAGCCGCAAAGCGCCCCCCCACCACCCCCGGCGGCCAUGGUGCGCUGCAGCAACGGCCUCCUGGGCCUGCUCAACGCGUGCGUUCUGGUCCUCGCCGUCGUCGCCCUCGGCGGCGGCGCCUGGCUCAGCCACCGCGCCUCCACCACCGACUGCGAGCGGUUCCUCGAGCGCCCCGUCAUCGCGCUCGGCGUCCUCCUCCUCGCGCUCUCCCUGGCGGGCCUAGCGGGCGCGCUCUGCCGCGCGUCCUGCCUGCUCUGGCUCUAUCUCCUCGCGCUCUUCCUCCUCAUCGUCCUCCUUUUCGCAUUCACCGUCUUCGCAUUCGUCGUCACCAAUCGCGGCGCCGGGUGGGUCGUCUCCGGGAGGGGGUACAAGGAGUACCGGCUCGGGGACUACUCGACCUGGCUGCAGAGGAGGGUGGAAAAUGCGCAGAACUGGGCCAAGAUCCGGAGCUGCCUCCAGGACGGCAAGGUUUGCGAGAAGCUUGGGGCCAGGAAGGAGACGCUCAGCCAGUUCGUCAACAGCAAUCUCUCCCCGAUCCAGUCUGGAUGCUGCAAGCCACCAACUGGUUGCAACUUCACCUACCAGAGUGAGACCGUCUGGAUCAAACCUGCUGGCUUCAACACUUCUGAUGACCCCGACUGCAACACAUGGUCAGACGAUCAGACCGUGCUCUGCUACGACUGCAUGUCGUGCAAGGCGGGCGUGCUCGCCAACCUGAAGAACGACUGGAAGAAGAUUGCCAUCGUCAACAUCAUCUUCCUGAUCUUCCUCAUUGUCGUCUACUCUGUCGGGUGCUGCGCUUUCAGGAACAACAGGCAGGACAACUCGCACCCGGCUUGGAAAUGAGAUGCAUGACAAUGUAUAGGUUAUUAGGUUGUGUAACCAUGUUCAGUGUUGACAUUUAGCUCGUUCCUGUGUGUCAAGCGCCGCUAUCAUCUGUCCUGUGUCUCCGAUCAUGUGUCAGCCGUCACUAGUUGAUGCAUGCUUGCUAUUUUGCCCUUGAACGUGUGAUGUAUGGAUGCUCCUAUUAUCAAGAUAUGUCGAUAAGUUGCCUAUGUUCAUUAGCUA